CGUAUUAUGAAAGUUCUCCCAAGUUUCGUCGCGCCGAAACCGUUUGUGGAGGAAUAUUCAACGGCGACUUUAUAUAUGUACAAAUAUUUUUUACUUUUUAAAUCGUACGAUCUUGAGGGUUUUUUUUUUUAAUUUCUUUGACUAUUCAACUCAGCAUUGGCCUUCAAUCUGUGUAAUUUAGGUUCUAUUCUGAGAUGGAUUGGUGCAAGAGAAAGAAGUCAGGAGCCCUUGUUAAAAAACAGAGGUUGGUUAGAGGGCGAGAGAGAGGGGAGAUAUUGUUAGAAGAGCUAAUCGAAUGUUGUGAUGGCAAAUCCAAUCCCAUCAAAUUCUUCUCUGCUGAUGAUAUCCUCAAGGCCACCGACAAUCUCUCUGAGUGUACUUGUGUCUCUAAACUAUUUGGUCAUGGAAAAUGGUAUUCAGGUAUGCUCGAUAGCCAUCGCACGAUACUAGUCAAGAAACUAUGGCGUGGACAUCCAGAUUACCCUAGAGACUUUUAUCGAGGUGCCCGCGAUAUAGCUAUAUCAUCGAUGGUGAGUGGUCACAAGAACUUUAUGAAGUUGGUCGGAUGUUGUCUUGAGUUUAGAUUCCCUGUCAUUGUUUAUUAUGAUGCAAAGAAACAGUAUUGUCGUCUAGAUUUACAGUUAAUGUUACUAUCGUGGAACAAGAGAAUGAAGAUAGCAGAGGAGAUUGCAACUGCUUUAGCUUAUCUUCACACUGCUUUCUCAAGGCCCUUAAUAUAUAGGAAUAUGUAUAUUCAGAAUAUCCUAUUGGGUGAAGAUGGUGUUGCCAAGCUUACUGAUUUCUCCAAUUGUGUCUUAAUUCCACAAGGAGAAACGUUUGUCAAGCUUGGCUUUCGUUGCGUUGGGGGAGAUUAUGAUUACAUGGAUGAUAAUUAUAUGAUCAACGGCCUUGUCUCGGAGAAAACUGAUGUGUUUAGCUUUGGAAGUCUCAUGCAAAAGCUUCUGACAGGAGAAGAAAGAUUUCGUGAGUUUUAUGGCCGGGAUGAUUGGAAAAUUUUAGAAAAGAGGAAGUUUCCAAAUUGGUUGUCCAAAUCCAUUGGAGAGGGGAGAAUUGAUGAGAUCGUGGAUCUAAAGAUGUUAGAGAAAAUGGGUGAAGUUUCAGAAGAAGAGCGUUGCCGAAUGAAAGCUUUCCUUUUCCUCUCAGAAAGAUGCAUCGGUCUUAGAGGUGAAGUUCCAAAAAUGGUGCAGGUGGUCAAGGAGCUAAGGAACUCUUCUUCUGGACUUUAAAUGCCAAGGCAUUGCUAAGAUGCAUGCCAGCUGUUAUUCCACGAAAUGUAGCAAAUUAAAUGUGGUAAAAAUAAGGUAGAUUCAUUUUCCUAUAUUAUAAGAUCAUCAAGUUUGUUAUAGUUUCACCAAGAUUCAUUUUGUUUUCAUAUAUACUAAGUUCUGCACAACAUUAAUAUUUAAUAACAAUGGAUUUUAUGUUA